UUAAGCAUGUGACAAAGGAACAUAUGGAAUAAACUGCUCCCAGAAUUGUUCUCAGAACUGCCUCGGCGAAUGUGAUAAUGUUGGCGGAUCCUGCACAUUUUCCUCUGGGUGGACAAUGCCCCCUGGCUGUAGUGAAAGGGUACCUAUUGUUAGUAAUGACGAGUAUAGUACUCCGGAUACAUACAUCGUAGCCUUAUCUAUCUUACUGAUUAUCAACUUUAGCCUGGUCGUUGUCAUUGUUAUAUUAUUGAGGCUACUCUAUAACAGAAAACAAGAGAAGUGUUCAUCUGAAUAUAUCACUAGUGCCGAAAUAUCACCGCCAUCAGAAAUCAGCGAUAACGAUGUACACCAGUAUCACGAACUCAACAUGCGCAAUGAUAAUUCAUAUCAGAAUCUGUCAUUAAGAGAUCAUUCAUAAAAUGUAUUUUGAAUUAAA